AGUGGAUUUCGUUUGCUGGAGAGGCUAACUAGAGUGUUGUGCUUAAUUAAACAUGAAGUCUGUGUUCCUGAUUUUACUUAUCUUGGCUCUGGGCAGCUGUCAGGGUGCCGAAGUAGCCGAACCUUUGUCAGCCCAGGACCGCUCAUUUUCAAGCGUGAUUGUGGAGGGAAUGGAGGCGUUUAGAGGAGUCCUACAAAAGGGAAGCCCAGAACAUGGAAUUCCCGUGAUGGCCCCCAUGAAGGCUGCCCAAAGGUCCUUCGAGUUCACCUCUGGAGAGUUCAGUGGAACUUUUGGAGUCGAAGACUUUGUGCUGCAGGGCCUCGAUCAGUACGAGGUUAAAUCAAUGAAAAUGGAGGUGCUCAGGAGUCGCGUAACCUUCGAGUUGCACUUUCCCAGCGUAAAUGUCACCACCGAUUACGACUUGGACUUGGGCAGUGGCUACCGCGUUAAGCGCACUGGUGGCGCCUUCUUUGCCCUCGAGGAUCUGAACAUCCAGGGCAGGAUCAGCUACUCGCUGGGUGUCUUCACGUCCCAGCUGCGCGUGAAGGAUAUCCUGAUUUACCCUACGGUGGGCAAUGUCAACUCGCAGAUCGAGAACCUGUCCAAGUACCGCAUCUUCAACCGCAAACUGAACGAGGUCAUCGAGGAGUUCGUCACCCUGACGAUCAACGACAACACCGACUUCGUGGCCUCCUGGGUCAGUGAGCAGGCCACCCCCAUUUGCAACGAACUGAUCGGAGAUCGCACUUUGGCUGAUAUCAUUGCUAUUAUCACGGGAGGAAACUAAUUAUAAUGCCCAAUAAAAUUAACCUAUUUUCCCAAUUUAAA